AUGGAGCAAGCAACGCCGAAAGACUUUUUGGACCACUUGAAUCAAGGACAUUACCAGGCUGCACUGGAUCUUGGCAACGAAUUGCAACUCGACACGGACAUCGUUUACAAGGCGCAAUGGAAAGCACGUCGACAACAACGCGAGUUUGCUUUGUUACGUCAGGAUGUCAUUGAUUUGCAGUUAAUUAAAGAUGAUGCGUGGGUAAUCAGCGAAUGCCUUGAGACGUUGGCAGACGACCCAGACGUACAGUUACAAUUACUAGACCUUGGUAAAGCUCGUGUCGAGGAACGAACCGAGGUCGUUGCUCAGCAGUUGAUACACGAUAAUAUGGCCAUUCAUACAGUCAGUGAAAACGAAAAACAAUGGCUGCGAACGCGUCUGUACUUUUUACAAUACCAAGACCGUUUCUACACGUUCCGGAAAAUAUGGCCCAGCCUUGCAAAAGACAAAUCGUUUGGAGAAGCGUACGGUCAAUUUCGAGAUGCUAACCUGAUUGCGCAAGCGAUUGAAUUUGCACGUCUUGGACAACAUAAAGCGCUGGAUGCCCUGUUUAUGCAUCACGGUUCGGAUAUUCUACCUCAGCGACUCUUUAUCCUAUCUCAAAUCUCGGAAACCGCCGAUCCCAGUAGUUUUGAUUUGCCUCACGCUUCCAUGGAUCACGAAGAUCGUUGGCUGGAAGAAGCUUGGCGCCAGCACAAAGAUAUUGUAGAAAUGCCCAUAAUACGGACGGAAAUCGAAAAGUUUGUACCCGAACACACCGCUUACCUUGCCAGCCUCCAGCAAAGCGUUUCGUCCGUCGAAUACCCUACCAGCGCCAAAGUCAUUGCUCAAUGGUACUUGGAUCGAGCUUACGCUACAGACAGGAUCGGAUUAAGCAGCCAAGCGUUAGAGUUGCUUCGCUAUGCACAAGUCAUGGGCGUGACAGGCAUUGAGGAUCACGUAGCAAAAUUUGAAUGGUUAUGCAAAUUUAUCUAUUCCGGCGCAGUCAAUGUCAGUGAUCGAUUAAUUACGUUCCAAGAAUUUGAAACGUUGGCACCGUAUGAAGUCCUCGAAGGUCUACUCAUUCAGACAAACCCUUCAAUGAUUGUGGAAGACAUGCAUCGACAGGUACUGCCUUGGUUGGAGGUUUGCCGCAAGCGAAUGCUCCAAGCUCCGGAGGAGAAUGAGGACGAGGAACGGGUGGAAUUUUUACUCUAUCGAUGGCUUCUCGACGUGUCCGCUCAGCAUAUGGAUUGGUGCUGUGUCGUUUUUGAACAUUCCAAACCGACCAUGGGAGUGGAUGAACGUAUCGUAAAAGACGAUCUUGACUUAUCCAGACUAGCCCUCGCCACCCUCUAUUCCAACGAAGGCUCGAUUGAAUACUCUGUUCGUACCUUUGAGUGUUUACCGAUAUUUGAGAAUCCGGAGCAAAACCGAAUGGACAACGAAACAGACGACAUGGCCCAACUAUUGCCUGUAACAGGCACCGCGCUCGGUCUAUUCACCGCUUUGCAAUCCGUAGGUCCAUUUGGGUUGACCAAGAUGAUGGAUACGCUUCAACUGCAUUUGGGAUCGGCAGAAGUUCUGGCCCGGUAUCAUGCAAGUGUACCUUUGCGAUGGUUCCUUGAAGAGCAAACAUCGGCAUCGCAACGCCAGCUCUGUAUUCGGAUGGCAUCCCAGGCCGCGGGCGGCGUGGAAUCCGGCGGUGUACAAUUCGAUAAUGACGACGAUUGGCGAGAUCUACUGGAUGACAUGCUGCGAUUGUAUGAUGGAGGUCAAGGGAUCUUUGGGCUUUUGUCUACCAAGGAAAUCCUGGAAAUCUUUUUUAGCUCACUCUUGCGAUGUGGCCGAUUCCGCUUAGCAAAAGAGUUCAUGACACGGCCCGACCGAGAUCGAUCGCUUGACAUUGAAACGGCGGAACGACUGGUAUUGGAUGCUGAGCACGAAUUCUUUGAUAAUGCGACUUCUGGCAACAUGCAUGCUGGCAGCAUGAAGCAGGCUAUGGAAUGCUUGAAAGUACUUCCACCCACGCAAGCCAUCAAGCGAGAUAUGCACUUGAUCGAAGCAACCCAUAUGCUGAUUUCCGAGUACCAAAUACGAGAUAAAAGUGGGAUGGUCCUGAUGCCUAUCCAGAUACGCCAAUGCAAAGAAAAGCUGGAUCUUAUAUCGAAACUUAUUAAUACCCGCCGUGGAAUCUAUCGGCAACACGAAACUGUACUUGAACUCACUCGCAAACUAGGUUUUGAGAAUGAUCCACUGGUUGAAGUUCGCACACUUGCCAUGCUGGCCAGUGCUGCUCUUGUGGACGAAGACUAUGACACCUCUUACAAUUUGUGCCGUAUGGCGGUAGACAAAGCACAAUCGGAUUCGACUGUGGAUCAGACCUCAGCCUCUGCACGCGAAAUUAAUCAGGCCGUCUGGCAGAUAUGCUUUAAUCUCGGUAAAAUUGAUGUAUACCAAGAUCUGGAUCGACGUCUCGACAUUUUGGCCAUGGCUCUGGUCCUUAGUCCGGUGGAAUACGUGUCGGAUAUUCUGAAUGUAUGGCGUAAAGUGGAUGCCCAGCGACCCGAUACAUCUCAAUUCGGGCUUGCUCAAUUGGCCGAUCUCCGUCACGGUUCGCAAAAUCAAAAUACUUCUGGAUGGCAAGGCUUACUUGAAAGUGCCAAGAAACACCAAUGGUUACUAGGCGAUUUAUUAUCAGCCGUCGAUGGCGCAAGUUCCCCAUCCCCUGAUCGAACAGGACGUAGAAAAAGAGAUCAAUUACGCGAGAUGGUGGGAGGCUGGCUAUUCUAG